AUGGCGCGUAACAGCGAAAAAGCCCAAUCGAUGCUCUUCCGUUUCCGGGCCCAACAAGCCGCGGAUCUCGGAAUCAUCGACAUUGGGCGCACGCGCCGCCCGAAAGCCAUCACCACCGUUGACUCGAUCCCGAUGUGCGAGAAAUGGCGCGGCCAAGUGCUGAAGGAAAUCUCACGCAAGGUGUCUCGGAUUCAGGAGCUCAGUCUAAGCGAUUACCAGAUCCGGGAUCUGAACGAUGAGAUCAACAAGCUUAUGAAGGAGAAGUGGACGUGGGAGAUGCAGAUUCGGAACCUGGGCGGGCCCAACUACAUGCGAGGCUCAGGCCGAGUGUUUGAUGAUGAUGGGAGGGAGAUACCGGGCGGUGGGAAGGGGUAUCGGUAUUUUGGACGAGCGAGGGAGUUACCGGGUGUGAAGGAGAUGUUUGAAGCGGCGGCGAGACGGGGGAGGAGGCCGGCUGAGGAGGAGGAUGAAGAAGGUGGGAAGGGGAGAGGAGGCGAGAUUGCGACGAAGAAGGUCGAUGCUAAUUACUUUGGGUAUGGAUUGGAUGAGGAGGAUGGGGUGCUUUUGGCGUAUGAGAAGCAGAAAGAGAAGGAGGCUGUUGAGAGAUUGCGCAGGAAGGAUGAGGAUGUGGAAGAUGGGUGGGAGCCGUUGCCUGGUGAUGCUGGGGAUGGCGUCGAGUGGAGGUUGCCUACACUUGACGAGGUCCAGGAGGAGUUGGUUGAUCGACGGAGGAGGAGGUUGUUGGACAAGAUCUCAUGA